AUGUCCACUGUCACCGCGCCCAUCGCCCGCCUUCUCUUUGGCGCCGCCCUUCUCGGCCUGGCCUACCUCGGUUUCGCCAUCUUUGGCCUCAUCGUGCUCGGUUUCGCGUGGUCCCAAAAACAGAAACAGCAGUAUCUUCACGUCGAGUCACAGCAGGAGGAAACUUGGCCGAACUCGUGCAAUGAAGGCUCUUACGUGGGAUAUGGAAGACGGCGAAGUGGUUUUCAGCUGCGGAAGUUGCACUCAUUGCCGUGGGCUGGGAGGACAUGGAAAAGGUGGACAGCUUGGGUGCCUGAAUAUGAGGAAUUGUUGAAAUACCACGAGCGGAGGAAAAUGUAUACGUGUUUGAUGCGUGGAGGAGAUGUUCAAGAACGUGAUUUCAUUGGGCAGGCGUUGUGA